AUGAAUAAGCCUCCUACUCAAGAAAAGUUAACGCGAAUCGCUAUCGUCAGUGCAGACAAAUGUAAACCAAAAAAGUGUCGGCAAGAGUGUAAGAAGUCGUGUCCUGUAAACAGGAUGGGACGCAUGUGCAUUGAGGUGACGCCAAAUGACAAAAUUGCCUUUAUAUCAGAAGAGCUGUGUAUCGGGUGCGGUAUUUGUGUCAAAAAAUGUCCUUUUGAAGCAAUUGCGAUCAUUAAUUUGCCCAGUAACCUCGAAAAAGAAGUUACUCAUCGCUACGGGCCCAAUGCCUUCAAGCUUCAUCGUUUGCCUAUGCCUCGUCCGGGAGAAGUGCUUGGUCUUGUUGGGACUAAUGGUAUCGGAAAAUCUACAGCUUUGAAGAUUCUCGCCGGAAAACUGAAACCGAACCUUGGCCGUUUCAAAGUAUAUUGGACUGAAAUUCUGACGUACUUUCGCGGAUCCGAGUUGCAAAACUAUUUCACAAAAGUCCUCGAAGAUAAUUUAAAAGCAGUUAUCAAACCGCAAUACGUGGAUCAAAUCCCGAAAAUUGUGUCCGGUCAAGUAAAGUCACUGUUGGAUCGAAAAGAUGAUCGUGGCAAUCAAGAUCUUAUUUUGGACGUUCUCGAUCUGAAAGUGGUAACCGAACGAAUGGUUGGUGAUUUGUCCGGAGGGGAAUUGCAGCGAUUUGCUUGCGCAAUGGUUUGUGUCCAAAAGGCUGAUAUUUACAUGUUUGACGAGCCCAGUUCCUAUUUGGACGUCAAACAGCGUCUGAAGACUGCCGUCGAUACAAAUUUUGUCAUCGUGGUCGAACACGACCUGUCCGUGUUGGACUACCUGUCCGAUUUCAUUUGCUGCCUGUACGGUGUCCCCGGAGCUUACGGUGUGGUAACUAUGCCGUUCUCCGUUCGCGAAGGUAUCAAUAUCUUUCUGGAUGGUAUGAUUCCGACUGAAAAUUUGCGUUUCCGCGAUACACCUUUGGUGUUUAAGGUGAGCAUCGCUUUUUUCACGUGGUUUCAGUAA